AUGGUGAUGGAUGAGGAGGGGAGUUUGCCGAGUCUAGAGAAACAUCUGGAGGUCAUGACGCUUCAAGGGGAGGAGGAAGAAGAUCUGGAUUUCUCUGGUGAAUUUGAGGAGCUUGUGAAUGAGAAUCCAAGGAGCCUGGAGGGGCUUAUGAAGAAGAGGGAAUUGGCGGAGAAGGUAGCUAAGAAAGUUGGGAAUCCCAUUAUGGUGGUGGUGAAUGAAGGGAAGAUCAACCCCACACCAUAUUUGCGUGCUAGGGUUUGGCCUGAUCUUAAGAAGCCCCUAGUGCGUGCGGUGCCGAUUACGCUCAAGGAGAGCAUGAAGUAUUUGGUACAAUAUGAAAAGCUACCAAGUUUUUGCUUUUUCUAUGGAUGUAUGGGGCAUGAAGUAACUGAAUGCAGAGAUGGAGUUCACCCCAAGGAGAGCUAUGGUUGGGGAGAAUGGUUGCGAGUUCCUUUCCUAUCGAUGGUGUCUGGGAGGGAUGACCAGGGAGGAAGAGGUAGAGGCCGAGGAAGAGGGCGUGGAAGAGGUGUGGGGCAUGGAGAGUGGAUGGAUGAUGAUGUUGUUGAGAUGGACACCUCUAUUGGGGAUGAUGAAGAUCCAGAUGGCAACCCGUCCAGGAAGAGUAGGGAGACGGGUGCUACUGCCAGAAGAGUUGCUGCGCAAGUUAAUCUUCUAGAGCAUCCUUCCCAGAAGGAGGCUUCUAUAAAUCCUCUAAAAGAGAAGGAGAAGAAGAGGCCACAAAGGGAUGGAGAUGGAAAAGUUGAUGAGCUGACAAACCCAAAUGCAAAAUCGGCACUCUCCUUCGAGGAGAGUGACCAGGCACAAUGA